AUUUUAUUUAUUUUAUUUUAUCUUUGCUUUAUUUUAUUUUAUUUAUUUUUCUUAUUAUUAUAAAAAAAGGAGAAUACAAAAUAUGUCAACACUUAUAUUUCCUAGAAGCUUGAACCUUGAGAAUCGUAAAGAAGGUUAUUCUGGAUCUUUAACAGAGCCACAAACACAGAUGCUUAAAGAUAUGUGGUUACGUCUUCUUGCUUUAUUUGAACAGCCAGGAGAAGAAAUAGUACGACCUCAAGCUAAUUCAGCAGAGCCCGUUAAAAAGACAGGUGGUUUCCUGGGUUUUGGCUCCAAAAAGGAAGAGCCAGUUAAAGACUACUUUUUAGGUACAACUAUUGAUCCUCGUUGGUCAAGCUUGCCCUUAGAGAAGGCAUUGCCUAUGAUCCCAGGUUCAUUAUUACGUGAAGCCUUUUGGGGAAUGGUUACUACAAAUAAUCCAGACGCUACUCUUUUACGUUUCCUUCGUGCUCGUAAAUGGGAUUUUGAGGCUGCUUUUAAUAUGCUAACAAACACAUUACGUUGGAGGUUAGAAAUGAGAAUAAAUGAAAUGGUUUCUUUAGGUGAAACGGGCCUGAUUCAAGAAUUGGAAAAAUCAAAAAAGGGUUUAGGUAUUUCUUUUAAAGAACUAUUAAAACGUAAAAUGGUAACUUUAGGUGGUCCCGACAGAAAGGGUCGUGGUGUCUGUUUUGUCAACGUGCAAGUACACCAUAAAGACAAUCAGCCUUUAGAAGUAAUGAAGAUUUUAACUGUAUAUAUUAUGGAAACAGCACGUCUUGUUUGUGAUUAUCCAAUGGAAGGUGUUUGCAUUAUAUUCAAUCUUGAUAAUUUUACAUUAGCCAAUAUGGACUUUGAAGUAGUUAAAUUCUUAGUAAGUUGUUUCCAAGCUUAUUACCCAGAAACUUUAGGUCUUGCCUGUGUACAUAAAGCACCUUGGGUCUUUACUAAAAUUUGGAAUUUGAUUACGCCUAUAUUAGAUCCAGUUGUAGCUAGUAAAAUUGUAUUUACAAAAAAUGUAACGGAAUUAGAAAAUUAUAUAGAUGAAGGCUCUUUACCUAUUAUUAUUACAGGCGAUGCGAAUAGACCUGCAGUAGAUGAUAUUCAAGCAGAUAGAAGUCCUCAAGCUGGUUGUCUUUCACCACCUUUAAAUGAAGCAUGCGUAAAAGCUUAUUGGGAUGCAGUAGCAGAUUAUGAGAGUAAAACUAAAUCAUGGGCUAAUAUACGUGAAUUUGGAGGUGAUCAAGAUGCAUUAGAUCGCUUGAAACUCGCUCAAAGCUAUCGUAUUACUCGAGUAAAAGCAGAAAAAAUGAUGCGCGGUGAGACUAUCUAUCAUGUAAAGAAACUCAUCUAUACAGAUGAAAAUGAUAGGCUUAUUGUUAAUUAUAAUACUCGUACCUGGGGCAAAGAAGAUAUUACUGAAUGGGUAUAAUAAGCAUUUGAUAAUAUACUUGUGAAAUAGAUAUAUAAAAUUAUAGAUACUAGAUUACUAUGAUAUUAUUGCUUGUUUUGCUUUUCUUUUCUUUUUGAACUUAUUCAUAAUAAUAAGAACCAAUGAAAAAUAGUAUCAUGAC